AUUUUAUUACAUUGUGAACAUGGUAAAUUUUCAUUCCCCAUCUAAACAGCUAUUUCCAGAAGAAACUGAAAGCACAGGGGAUGUGUGGGCAUGAGGCUGCUGCCCCUAGCAGGGCUAUGCUCAUAAUUUUGGAGAAAAGAAAGGGGGGGGGGAAGUCUUCUGAUUCCUAAUCUCAAGGCACUUACAAGAGUACAUUGGGAGACAGAAUCCAUCAUGAAACAUCGUUACCACAAGAGAGAAAUGGUGUGGAGCCCCACUCCCAGGUCACCAUGUGGUAAGCUGUAUUUCUCCACCUUGCUCUUCAGCCAUGAUGUGUCACCUAGCUUCAGGCCCUGAGGAAUGGAAUUGGCAGUCUAUGGAUGAGACUUCUCAAACUAGGUGUCCUGGAGGUAGCAGAAUUUGAUCUGGACCUUGAAGGAGAAGAAUUCAGAAAAGCAACUGUGAGAGAAACAAGAGCAAGAGAAUUUCUGGAGUGGUCCAGGAGCAGAAAGUGAUCAUUAUCAUUCAUUUGGUGAGAAAGCUGAACGAGAAUAAUAAUAGAAAACUUAAGUGGAACAGGAUUUAUUCUCCCCACACUUAUAAACCAAUGAAGAGAAAAUGGGAAGAAAAACUGAAGCGAAUUGAAGAACUAGCAUCUCAGUAUGAGAGGAAACCAUUGUCCUCUGUUUAUAGACCAAGAUUGUCCAAGUCAGAAGAACCACCCUCCAUUUGGAAGCUGUUUUAUCGACAAAAUCAAGCUUUUAAUUUUGUUAAAAGCUGUAAAGAGGAUGUUCAUGUAUUUGCUUUGGAAUGUAAAGUGGGAGAUGGUCAACGCAUUUACCUUGUAACAACCUAUGCUCAACUUUGGUUUUACUAUAAAUCUCGAAAAAGUCUCAUGCACUGCUAUGAAGUUAUUCCUGAAAAUGCUGUAUGCAAACUUUAUUUUGAUUUGGAAUUUAACAAACCUGCCAAUCCUGAAGCCGAUGGGAAAAAGAUGGUUGCAUUACUCAUAGAGUAUGUUUGUAAAGCACUUCAAGAAUUAUACAAUGUUAGUUGUUCAUCUGAAGAUGUUUUCAACUUGGAUUCUAGCACUGAUGAAAAAUUUAGCCGUCAUUUAAUAUUUCAACUCCAUGAUGUGGCAUUUAAAGAUAAUGUUCACGUUGGUAAUUUUGUCAGAAAGAUUCUGCAGCCUGCUUUUCACUUUAUUGCCAGUGAAGAUGAUGAUAGAAUUCUAGAGAUAACAGAUUAUCAAUCUUCCCAUUUUUCUGAAGCACCAUUAAAACAAGGGAGUUCCUUGAACAAAAUGUUGACAGUUAAGGAUAUGGGAGAGAGCUGGGCGUUAAAUUUGGAGGAACUGGAGAGACUGGGGUCAGCUGACAAAAGUGGUCCUGAUCUUUCAUUUUUAAUUGUAAAGAACAACAUGGGAGAAAAGCAUCUUUUUGUGGAUCUAGGAGUUUAUACAAGAAACAGAAACUUCCGACUGUAUAAAUCAUCAAAAAUAGGAAAGCAUGUCGCUUUGGAGAUUGCUGAAGAUAACAAAUUUUUUCCUAAACAGUCAAAAAGUAUUUCUGAAGAAAAUCAAUAUUUCCUUUCUUCCUUGGUCAGCAAUGUCAGAUUUUCAGAUACUUUACGAAUUCUUACGUGUGACGCACCUCAGAUUAAACGAAAGCAAGCUGAGUAUUUGAAUAGUACCAUCACUUCAGUAGAAACCAUUGAAGGUUUUCAGUGUUCACCCUAUCCUGAAGUUGAUCGUUUUGUUCUUUCUUUGGUGAAUAAAAAUGACAUUAAAGGAGGAAUUCGGCGCUGGAGCUACUUUUUCCCAGAAGAAUUAUUGGUUUAUGAUAUUUCCAAAUUCCGGUGGUGUGAAAACAUUGGAAGAGCCCACAAAAGUAAUAAUAUCAUGAUUCUGGUUGAUCUGAAAAAUGAAGUUUGGUAUCAAAAAUGUCAUGACCCUGUAUGCAAAGCAGAAAACUUCAAAUCUGACUAUUUUCCAUUACCUGCUGAAGUCAGUCUUCUGUUUCUUCUCAAACAGGAAGAAGAGUUUACAGAAGAUGAAACUGAGCACAGUGAAACCAAGAAUCCUCAUGAGCUCCUGUCAACAGCAGGUGCAUCUGCUGAUGCUGACUGGGAUAAUGGCACUGAUGAUGCUUGCUUUUUAGAAGCUACUGAAGAUGCUGAAUUAGCUGAAGCUGUAGAGAAUAGUCUUCUUACUUCUCACAGUAGUAUAGAGGAUGAAAUUCCUGAUGAACUAAUUAUUGAGGUAUUUCAAGAGUAGCUCUCUGUGGAUAGUGCUUAUUAUCCAGGCAAAAAUUUGCCCAAAGUCUGAGAUUUGAUAACAGAUUUAUUAAAUUAGGCCUGGGAGUGCAGCUCAGUGGUAGAGUGCCUGCUUGUCUAAUAUGCAAAGGCCCCAAGUUCAAUCUCCAGCUGCACAAAAAUAAUUAUAUUAACUUAUUAAGUCUGUUUAUAUCAAUUGUGUUUUUAUCACUUUAUCUUCCAAUUUGUUAUUUACUAAAGUAAACCAGUUUUAUUGAAAAUUG